GUGACUGCUAUAACUAUAGUCCAUGAAUCUCUCAAUGUGGCCGACAUGUCGGCCUGAAACGCCGGACAUCCAAAUACUUAAGUGUGCACGACUGCACGUUAAUCACUUCUCAUUUCACACUGAUCCGCAAUCAACCCAAUCUCUCCUAACGGUUAGAUCUUCCGCCGACCCAGAACUUCUCGAUUAACAUCCAUGUCCUAACACAGAUCUCAUCCAAGACCACAAGCAAUUUUCGCCGAGAAUCUCAAAGACCCAUUUUCUUAUAUUGCCCGUCACCAUGCAUACGAGGAAACCCACUUCGAAAUUCCUCUUUUUUACCCUCAGUCUUUUUCUAUUACUGAGUUUUCUCAUUACUAUCAAGGCCUCUGAGCCCACCCCAAAUGAAAAUGACGAUGAUGAUUUGGAAGGUCUUGAAGAACUUAUAGCGUGGGAUGAAGAAGAAGAGAAGCGAGAACAAGAAGGGUCACCCAGUGUGAGGUCAUCAGAGGCUGAGGUUUUAACCAGAGCCCAGAGGAUUGUUCUUGAGCUUAACAACGAUAAUACCAAGAGGAUCAUUGAUGGGAAUGAGUUCGUGCUCGUUCUGGGGUAUGCGCCUUGGUGUGCAAGGAGUGCCGAGCUUAUGCCUCAGUUUGCUGAGGCUGCAACUUCACUCAAGGAAUUGGGGAGUCCCCUUUUGAUGGCCAAGCUAGACGCGGACCGGUAUCCGAAGGCGGCGUCUCUUCUUGAGAUCAAAGGGUUCCCUACACUUCUUCUUUUUGUUAAUGGGACUUCUCAAGUAUACACUGGUGGAUUUUCAGCGGAAGAAAUUGUUAUCUGGGCAAGAAAAAAAACUGGUGUACCUGUUAUUAAAAUAAGGUCAGUGGCGGAGGCAGAAGAAUUUCUGAAAAAGUACCAUACAUUUGUUACUGGUCUGUUCGAGGAAUUUGAGGGACCUGAUUAUGAAGAAUUUGUUAAAGCGGCAAUAUCUGACAAUGAAAUCCAGUUUGUUGAAGUGAGUGGCAUCAAUGUUGCAAAAGUUCUUUUCCCAGAUAUCAAAGAUACUUACCAUUUCAUUGGGAUUGUUAAAAGUGAACCUGAAAGAUACACUAAAUACGAAGGGACCUUCAAAAUGGACAAAAUAUUACAGUUUCUGGACAGUAACAAGUUCCCAUUAGUUACUAAAUUGACUGAGCUAAAUUCUGCACGAGUUUACUCUAGCCCUAUCAAACUUCAGGUCAUUGUCUUUGCAGAGGUUGAUGACUUUAAGAAUCUUCUUGAGCCCCUUCAAGAAGUUGCCAGAAAGUUCAAGUCAAAGAUAAUGUUUAUAUAUAUAGACAUUGCAUACGAGAAUCUUGCAAAGCCAUUCUUAACUUUAUUUGGGCUUGAAGAAGCAGAGAACACUGUGGUGACUGCAUUCGAUAACAGAAUCAGCUCGAAGUUUUUGUUACCAUCAGAUCCGACCCGGACUAACAUAGAAGAGUUUUGCCAAGGGCUCCUGGAUGGCGCUCUUUCUCCUUACUUCAAGUCACAGACAAUACCAGACAAUAAAGAUGCAAGCAUACAGAUCAUUGUAGGAAAGACAUUUGAUGACCUGGUUUUGAGCAGUCCCAAGAAUGUUCUUCUAGAGGUAUACACACCGUGGUGCAUCAAGUGUGAAACCACCAGCAAGCAUGUUGAAAAGUUGGCUAAGCACUUCAAAGGUUUGGAUAAUCUGGUAUUUGCAACGAUAGAUGCUUCUGCUAAUGAGCACCCAAAACUGCUGGUAGAUGACUAUCCAACACUCCUCUUUUACCCUGCAGAGGAUAAAGCAAAUCCGAUCAAGCUAUCUACUAAAUCCAGCUUGAAGGAUCUGGCGGCAUCUAUCAACAAACAUGUGAAAGCCAAAGAUCACGUUACAAAAGAUGAAUUAUAGGAAAGGACAGUGACUAAAUAUACCAAGAAUUCAAGUCAUCGAUAAAGAAAUACAAAGUUGGUUUUACCAAUUGAAUCCCGAGUGGGAAGAAACCACUACCUAAUCAAGGAAAUGCAACCAUUCAUCUUGGAUUGAUAUGUGUAUCCUUGGUUAAGCUUCUACUCUGGAAGCAGUUUAUCUCUGAUCAUUUAUUUCUUAUCCCCAACGAAGUAGAGACCAAGUUUUAGGGGUUAUAUAAUUCAGGAUUGUAAUGUUGUCAAGUUCAACUGAUAAAUUUUUACACGUAGCAAUUAAUUUGAUAUGUAUGUGAUGUGGCGCCGACAA